AUGACCGAAGUCGCUACUCAGCCAGGUCUUCCUCCGCAAGCGGGUUCUUCCGACCUGAAGCCUUAUGUUCAUGUCCCGGAGACGAAAUACGAUCUCGACUGGGCUGAUCUCGUCACCCUCGACCUCUCCCUGUAUGACGUGCCUGGAGGCAAGCAGAAAUUGGCGGAACAGCUGAGAGAUGCAGUGCAAAACAUAGGAUUCUUCUACAUCACCAACUUCGGACUCAGCCAGGAAGAAAUCGACCGGCAGUACGCCAUUGGCAAAGAGCUGUUCGAACUGCCUGUGGAAGAGCGGCUCAAACACCGCGCGGACCUCGAGGCCGGAAACUACAACGGCUACCGGCCGCUGGGAGCCAUUGAACUGUUCCCAGGCCUCCGGGACAAUGUCGAGCUGUACAACGUGUUCAAGUUCAUCCCGAAAUACCAGCGCUCGCACCCGGACGUCAUCCUGCGGCACUACGCCGAGAUCGAGCGCUUCCAUCGGUUCGUCCACGAGAACAUCGUCUACAAGCUGCUCCGGAUCAUCGCCACUCUGCUCGAGCUGCCGGAAGAUUAUCUCGUCAACGGCCACCGCUACGAGGGUAGCAGCGACUGCCACCUGCGGUACAUGAUCUACCGCGCGCGGACACCCGAGGAGAAUGAGAAGUACAACAACAUCAUGACGCGGGGCCACACGGACUUUGGCAGUCUGACGCUGCUGUUCCGGCAGCCCGUGGCGGCGCUGCAGAUCAAGGCGCCGGACGGCAGCUGGAAGUGGGUGAAGCCCCUGGAGAACGCCAUCACGGUGAACAUCGCCGACGCGCUGCAAUUCUGGACCAACGGGUUCCUGAAGAGCAGCAUCCACCGGGUGAUCGCGCCGCCGCCGGACCAGGCGCACAUUGACCGUCUGGGAGUGCUCUACUUCGUCCGGCCGGAGGAUGGGCUGGAUCUGAAGACGGUCGACAGCCCGCUCCUCCGACGGCUGGGCCUGAAGAAAGACGACGAGGACGGCGAGGGCGAUGGCAUCAAGGCGGGCGACUGGGUGCGCGGGAGAGUGCAGAAGAACUGGGACAAGCCACCGGCAGACAAGACGGAGAACUUUCAACUGGGCAAUGCGAAGGCGAGGAUAUUCCACGAGUAG